GCGAAUUCUGGCAAAGUCACGUGACUCAUACUUCUUUCUGCGAGCAGAAUCGACAACUUUUCUUGUACAUAAAAACUGUACAUACUGUAUACAUAGAUAAAAUGAGUGCGGCCGUUAGCACCUCGCGUGCUACCAGUAGGACCAGUAGGGAUAAGAAUAAGAUUGCAGCACAGCAGACACAGACCAAGACAGAAGGACCAAAAGUAAAGCCCACAGCAGAACAGUUGAGAAUUGCCCAGAUUACAUCUGGACAGGAUGAUUCAGACUUGGCAUCCAUCCACCAGUUGAUGGAGAUGACCGGGAAGAGUGAGGAUGCAGUUGCUCUUGCUCUACACGACUGUGGUCACGACUUGGAACGUGCAGCCUUGAUGCUGCUGGAAGGUGAAGAUGAGCAGGGAGAGUGGAAAGAGCAAGGCAAAAAGAAAAAGAAACCAAAUACAUCGGUGCCAGUUUCAAAGUCGGAACCAACGUCGAAUCAUAUAUCAGACAGAAUAGACAACAAACGCGAUCACAGUCGAGAUGUUGAAUCCUCUGACCGAUCGGAAAAGCAUGAACGCAGUGACCACCCCCCACGACGGGGCAGGAGGAAUGGGGGACCUCCACCGAGACUUGCCCGGGGCAGAGGCAGAGAAAGAAACAAUUUUUUGGGUGAUCGCAAUGAAAAUGUUGAAAAUGGCACAGUACGAGAAAACGAUCGUGAUGAGGGUGCUUUUGGUGAUCAGAAAUGGGAUACGUUUCGUGAGCGAGAGAAUGGAUUUGGUGGUGGAUUUGGCAGGGAACGGAGCGGGGACAGAGGAAGAGGUAGAGGACGAGGUAAAUUCGGAACAAGAGGCAGAGGACGAGGUGGAGGACCAGGAGGCCCGCCAAGUGGGGGUGGGGGCGGGGGCGGAAGCGGAGGCGGAGGCGGAGGAUUUGCUCGCAAUCCUCAGAGAUUUGACAAAGGUCCUCAGAUUGACACCUGGACCAAUGAAACGGCAGCAAUCGCAGACAAGGAACCAGCCGGGUUUGGAGAGACGUGGACAGGUGAUGAACAUGUGGCACAAGAAGACUGGAAUGAUGACAGCUGGCAAGGCGAGCUUUCUGAGACUAAAGUGUUCACAGCGUCCUCCAUUAAAGCUCAGGAACAGGAACCAGUGUCCACAAUGGCGAUGAACGAUACUUCAGAUCUUCUGGGGCAAUCUCCUUCACUGGGACAGAGACUGGAUAUAGGUAGCUUACUCCCAAAAAGUGCUGAGUCGGCAUCCAAUGAUUCUUAUAUUGCACAGUUCAAUCAACAGGCAACGGAAUCAAUAAAAAACACCAUUGGGAUUGGCAGUUCACAGAGAUCAAAUCUGGGAAAUCUUUCAAACCAAACAUCGGCAAAUGCUAUGAACACAUUUUCUCAGAGUUUGUCCCAGGGCUCAAGGAUGACGUCACAGAGUUAUUCACAGGGAAUGUCCACGCAGGAAGUUCUUUCGUCACACGGACACCCUCUACAGAGCCUCUCAUCUCAUGUUAUGUCGCAGAAUCUUUCGUCACAAGGCAUGACGUCGCAGGGACUUUCUGCUCAGAAUUUGUCAUCGUCAACAAUGCAGUCGCAGCAUCUAAUGUCGCAGGGUCAUCUACAGCAGAGGCCUAAAUCACAGAGGAGUAAACUUCCACCGCCGUCAAAGAUUCCUGCCUCCGCAGUUGAGAUGCCAGGUCAUAUUAUGCCACAGUUAGAUGUUCAGUUUGGUGUUGAUUUUGGUACAGAAUCGUCGUCAUCAUUUAGUUUCGGAUCAUCCGAUUCCGUUCCUCAAAACAACUACACGAACUCUGUCACAAGCAGCUCACAGUCAUCAGGCAUGAGUAAUCACAUAGGACAGCAGACACCAAGCAAGUCACCGGAAUCAAUGAUCACAUCGUCUAUGAUGUCGUCACCGCCAGGAAGCAAACAGCAACAACUGAACAUGGACCAGUCGUCGCCGCGGACAGUGUUUCAGAAAUCGGCUUACACCACACCUCCAAGAAAUGAAAACGAGUCUCCGCUGAAUCAUUCUAGCAAGCUGGCACAGCCCGACCCAAUUCCAUUCCCUCCAUCACAAUCAGACAGGAAAUCCAGCCCGCUUGUGGUAUCUCAGACAGGUGCUGCCUUAUCUCAGGUGUCUUUAUCGUCGACCACUUCUGAAUCUCCCAGUUUAGGUUCGUUUGGACAGUCGUCUGGAAGCUAUCCAUCGACAGCAGCGUUUCAGGGCCAUAAGUCAAGCGGACUUGCUGUGUCACAGUCGUACACUCACCCUACGAGCUCGCACUCGCAGCCCAGCUCGUUCCAGAGUCAGUACCAGACUAGUCAGAAUCAGUAUCAAAGUGGACAAAGAGAGUUUCCGUCUGGACAAAGCCAGUUCCCCUCUGGUUCGAAUCAGUAUCAAAAUUACGGUCCGUCUGGUGCAUCAUUCCAAAGUCAAUCAAGCUACUCGUCGAGCCAGUCAAACCCAAACACACUAUACCAGUCGUCGGUGCCAACGAGCACGUACCAAAGUCAGACCGGUUCCAGUUUUGUGAGAGACUCGCAGUCUGCGUCGAGUCAACGGCCGUCAAGCACUGGCGCGUCAGCAUCAUACUCGAGUCAGACCAGUUCCUCAUCUUUCCAGAAUGCAACAAAUCCAUCGUUCCCCUCACAGGCAAACUCUUCGUCAUACGUUCAUCAGUCUAACGGAACACCUUUCUCGAACCAGACGGCAUCUAGUGCUUACACGAACCAGUCGGCGUCCUCGUACACGAACCAAUCUGGUAGUGCAUCGUACCCAAAUCAGACGAGUGGUUCCUUCUCGAACCAGUCCUCCGGCUCUUAUUCGAAUCAGCCGAGUUCGUCGUCAUAUCAAGACUCAAGUUUGUCGACUCAGUCGGCCACACAGAGCCAGACGGGUUUCAAUUCGCAGUCAUUCGUUUCCUCUGGACAUCAGUCGACCCUGCAGACUUCGCCUAUGACGGGCAACAAGAUUAGUGACAGCUUGUCGAAGAUGACGUUGAAGGAUUCCAUUCCAGACAGUCAGACCUCCCAGUUUGAUCAUUCAACAUCGUCGUCAACGUCGACCAGUGUAACAAGCACUACAGCUACAUCAUCCCUUUCAACAGGAACAACAACAGUUUCAUCAACUGUCACAUCAGCUUUAUCAAGUACUUCAAGAUCAUCUCUACCCUCAACUACAAAAGCUCCCCCAAAUCUUCCGCCUGGCGUUCCCCUCAUUGGCGCUCAUCAAUACAUAAUGAAUCAAGGGUCAUUACCUCCCUUUUUUGUGAGUAAUCCCAAUAAUUUACAACAGCCGCUGUAUAAUUAUGAAGACCUGCUGUUACAACAGCAACGACUGCCUCCACUGGCAAACAGCUACUACGAUAUGUCUGCGUUUCCAGUGCCUUCAACGAUAGCAGGACGAGACCAACCAACCCUCGCCAGUGUGCCAUAUUCAGUUGGUACGACAGACAGCAGCAAGUUGAACCGCGUCGAGGCUCAGUCUCCAAACCCGACCUCACAGCAGCAAUCGACCCACUCGGGCCAGCAGCCGUUUAUCAACCUACACUACGGCUACUACUACCCUUCCAUGAUGCCUGGAGGAGCGCCAGGGUUUCAGUACCCUCAGAUGUAUCCAAUGCCGCCUGUGACAAAUGCUCCACAUGCAGGAACAACAGCAACAACACAGUUUCAGAAAACAUAUGCUUCACAUGCUUACAACACGGCCAAAGGUUAUGAAGAUUUAACUCAAGCUCCAGAUUUCUCAAAAUCACCGUACGCCAUUUCUGGAACCCAAAGCAAGGCAACAGCUGGAACAAGGACUGCAACAGCUGCAGAUUUGACUGGAACAUAUGGCAAAUCUCAUGCUCAGCCAUUUGACAAGCAAGCAUUCCAUGCUGGAACACCUCCACCGUUCAAUCUGCCGCUGGCAAGUGCCACCCAAGCUGGUGCAAUGGGUGCCGCAACGUACGGAGCGCCAUAUGUUCCCAUGAUGCCUCACCAGCCUCACUCCCAGAUGUUACACCACGCUCUGCAACAGGACUCAACUGGUGCUUCAUCGCGGGUCUCCCAGCAAGCUACGUCGCAGGCCAAGGUUGCAGCGAAGCCGUAUGCGUCCUAUGGAUGGUCGAGUUGAAAUGUGUCCGAAGUAAAAAAUCUUGAUUCUGUAGAAGUGGUCCGAGUUUCUGGUCCGGUCGUCGUCUUGCUUUCUUGGAAGCCAUUGUAUUAAGGAUAACUAACUCUUAUAAGUUAUAUCUUAUCUGUCUAUGGAUUCGACUGCUGUGUCUGAUAUAGUGGUGUUGUAGCCCAGUGUUAUUUAGACAUUGUAAAUUUUUUUCUCUCUCACUAUAUUUGCCCCAAUAAGAUGCCUGCUGUAAGCAUGUGUAUGAAACAGUUUUAAUUUUUUUUUUAUAUAUAUAUAUAUAUACUUAUUUUUAAAUAACUUCUUGGAUGAAGAACCACAUUGCGUCAUUUUGUUGAUUUUAAAACUAUUGGGAGAGCUGAAAGUUGCAUUCGCUUCAAAUCAUGUAAUAAUAGACAUUUUUUCUGUACGGAGAGUUUAUUAUAUGUAAAGCAUUUGUAUAAAAACAGCCAUUAAAAAAAAUAAAAAUCAUAAUAUUACUUGCUCUUUUGCACAGAGUUAAAAAGUAUUGGGACAACUAUUGUGUGUGUGUUCGUGUAUGUACAGUUGUAUUUGCUCCAUUUAUAUUUUUUAACUUAUAAUGUGUAUUUCUACGUGCUAAUAAAAGGUUUCGUGAAUGUGAAAAAUGAAGGCAUGAAGACAUUUCUGCAGAACUUUUACAUUAUGUCAAGCAGAAAUUCUUGAUGGUGCCUUAAUAUUGUCCGUCAGCAAGAAAAACGUAUGAGAUCCUUGGAUUGUAAUCUUUGCCACAACAAGAGAGAUUGAUCAUAAUCGUGUGGCUGCUUAAAAUAUUGCUUUUUCACACAGAGCCAAUACUAAAAAAAAAAAAUGUUUAAAUAUAUUGUAAAAAUAAGUAAGAGAGAGAGUGAGAAAAGAUAUAUAUAGAGAAUUGCUAUAUGCUUGUUUAAUAACCUUGUAGAUAACAAAUAAAAAGCUUAUAGUUAAAGUGAUCAAGUUUGAAAUUGGCUCAUUCUGGAGACUUUAAGUAUUACCAUCAGUUCAAUGGUGUGUACAUGUCUUAUAUCUAACAUUUUUUCUGGAUGUAGAAAGUUAGUUGUAGUUUGGCAUUGCCAACUUUUGUGUAUUGUCUUGUAUUAUAUAUUAUUUUUGUUGACAGGUUUGCUUUUUUUAAAAAAACUACAGAGCUACAGUAUAAAUAUUUCCACGUGUCGGUAAAUAAAAAAUAUUGAAAACA